CAGAUUUAUAUCCCCAUCGUGAGCUAUCGGACUCUGGUGGAUUCUGAUAGCUUUCAGACUGGGCAGACUGCCUCGACGACUGGGCCUUGACUAUUGAUGUGGCGGCCGAUGCACCACAGCGCACAUCGUCUGCAAUCACUCCCUCAAGGAGAGCGGAAAGUACAGGGACGGAGCACUCGACUCGACCGUGCUGCCACGUCUUGCGGCAAUACUGCAGUCAGCGCUGGUUUGGGGUGGAGGAGUUCAAGGAGAGCGGCAUGUGCAGGAGCGAAAGGGGAGAAGAGUGAUCCAUUUGCUCGGGCGAGCUCGAAGGGUGUGCCACCUCCUGUUAGUAGGCCUUAACUGUGAUCAAUGCUAACGGUACAUGAACUAUGUACAGCACGUCGCCUAACUCCGCUCCGCCCUCAUCACUCCUCUUCCUCCUCCUCGUCACUCGUGAAGCACACCGUGACUUUGCGUUUUUCAAACUGCUGUCUGUGGCUUGGUGGCAGGAGGCGCCUUCCCCCGUGUCACCCCUUAGUUCUUCGUCUUCUCCGCUUGCGCACCUCUUAGCUGUCCGCUGUUCACCUGUCAGGCCCUGCGCCGUUCGGAAAGGCGGAGGCUGGGGACUGGUUGAGCACAAAGGUGUCCAUACACUAGAUGCUGCUCCACCACCCUGAUGACUCGAAGUUGACAACUGUGAUAUGUGUGCAAUAAGACUAUGAUACUAUGGCGGGGUGA